GCCAAGAAGACCAUGAUUGUUGCAUCUAGCUUACCGAGGCCACACCAAUGUCCCCCCUCUCACUCUCUGUAAAAUCUUUCCGCUGUCACACCAAUCUAGAUCAACGUGGACAGGUAAGCACAUGCUAGAGGUGGAGUAGUUCACACCGCAGACAGUGAUUUUUCCAAGCUAUUGACUUCUUGGGCAGGAAACGCCAGCAGUCUGCUAUUUCCUCCUGCCUGCUGCCCUCCCUUGGACUCCAUGAUCAGUUACAACUUACAACUUAGAACACUGAGAUAGUAAGAUUGGAGGAACUCAAUAUGGAGCUUGCCAUAUCUGCACUAACAGGUGAACUUGUGAGCCGAUUUGUCUCCUUCCUAACCAACAAGUACCACUCCAGCCGCGCAUACUCUAAAGAAAAUCAGCUGGAGAGGCUACAACAACUCUUGCUGAGAGUUGGCAUGGUCAUCGAGGAGGCGGACUCGCGAUACAUCGUCAACUCAUGUAUGCUCAUACAGCUGAAGAUGCUAGCGGCUGCCAUGUACCGAGGCCAUCAUGUGCUUGACACCAUCAGGUCCAUGAAACACAGGGAGUUCUUAGAGAAACAGGUAUGGGACUCGUCCACCUUAUCUGUUUCUACUCCUUACAAACGUUCUCGCACGGUUGGUAGUAGUAUAGCAACAAACAUGGUUACGAUCAACUCCGAGUUACAGAGUGCUCUGCAAAACCUAGAGGCUGGUGUUGCUAACAUGGUGGAGUUUGUCGUGCUUUUGAGCGGAUACGAGCGCAUCUCUCGCAGACCCUAUGAUGCCUAUCUUUACAUUGACAACUUCAUGUUUGGUCGGCAUGUCGAGAAGCAGAAGAUCUUGAUGUUCUUGCUUGAAUAUGACUCCCCUGGUCGCCCGGUCGUUCUUCCAGUCAUUGGUGGCAAUGGAGUUGGGAAGAAAACUCUUAUCGCCCAUGUAUGCGAUAAUGAGAGGGUACGUUCUCACUUUUCUAUGGUUUUGCACCUGAAUGGGGACGAUCUUUUCAGAAUAACAGACCAUGAAUGGAUGUCAGGGAAGACAUUGGUGGUGAUCGAGUUUGUUUCAGAUGUUGAUGAAGAUGACUGGGCAACAUUUCAUCGUUCUAUCACGAACAUGGACAGAGGAAGCAAGGUGAUAAUCUUAGGAAGAAACGCAGGCUUGGAGAAGUUUGGAACCGUCAAGCCUAUCUCUCUGAGCUGUUUAUCAUUAGAAGAGUACAGCUACCUGUUUAAGACGCUCGCGUUCGGAAGCGCGGACCAGACCGACCACCCGCGGCUAGCGGCGAUGGUAGAAAAGUUUGCCACGGUGCUGGGAGGGUCACUCAUCUCAGCGAAUGUGCUUGCUGAUGCGCUGAGGAAAAACCUGAGUGCCCAUUUCUGGCUGUCCCUAUUGAACGGGGCCAGAGACAGCGUCAAGAAGAACAACACUCGUUUCGGGGCGCAUCCACAAGAGCUUUUUAGCCGAGGUCACCCUGUGCACCUGAUCGGUGGAUACAUCUUGUCUCCAGCUACUCCAUCACGCAUUGUAAAGUCUGCAAACAGUAUGACCAGUAUUCCAGAAGAGGGUCUGCCUAGGAUUAUGUUUGGGGACCUGAUAGCACGAGAAGGUCACGUUGUUUUACCCAGAGGUGAUUUUAGGCUGAUUUCAUGGGAAUCGAGGCUACCGCCUUAUACUUCAUUUGUUCACUUGGUGCGGUCUGCUUCAAGUUGCGUCAAUGAUAAGCCUAAAACACCCUUGUCGGGGAAGAAGCGCCCAAGUCUAUUUGGGUAGCAUUUUGAGACCUUAUGAGUUGUGUUUUGCUAAUUACAUACAAUGCUAAGGAUGUGUUUAUCUUGCUAUAUUGUCUCCCUUUUUGGUACAAAAAUGAUCUAUCGUAAUUGUGCUUCAUUUGGGCAAAAUGAGUAAAGCCCACAGUUUAUUUGAUCCAAACAAAAAUAUCUUUCCUUGUAAACAAACUUAACUAGUAGAAGAAAUGGUGCAACGUCUUGGUUCGAA